AUGGCUAUGCUUCCUCGUGCCGCCCGCCCCGCCAUGGCGGCUAUCAACUCGGCUGCGCCCGUCGCCAUUGCUGCUCGUGCCGGCUUCCACUCUACCUCGGCUCAGGCUGCUUCUCUUCGUGACACUGAACAGCGUAUCAAGUCGGUUAAGAACAUCGAAAAGAUCACAGCAUCCAUGAAAAUGAUUGCCUCUACCAAGCUCAACAAGGCUCAACGUGCCAUGGCUGCUGCCAAGGCUUACGGUGCUGCCAACAACGAGAUCUUCACCAACUCGGAGGCCGUUGCUCCUGAGGGCGGCAAGCAGCUCUUCAUCGUCGUCUCCUCCGACAAGGGUCUUUGCGGCGGUAUCCACUCGUCCGUCACCAAGCGAACCAAGGCCGAGUUCAAGAAGAUCGGCGCCUCGGCCGGCGAUGCCAGCUCUUCCGACGGUCCCGCCGUCGUUGUUCUCGGCGAAAAGUCCAAGGCCCAGCUUGGCCGUGCUCUUCCCAAGAACAUUGCUCUCUCCUUCAACCAGAUCGGCAAGGACGUCCCGACUUUUGCCGAUGCCACCGCCAUUGCCGACCAGAUCAUCAAGUCUGGACUCCAAUUUGACAAGGUCAACCUCAUCUACAACAAGUACGUCUCGGCUAUCUCGUUCGAGUCGGACGUCAUCGAGGUCUUCUCCGAGGAUGCUUUGCGAAACGCUCCCCAGUUCAAGCUGUACGAGCAGGAGGACGACGUGACCAAGGACCUGGCCGAGUUUGCCUUUGCCAACGCCAUCUUCGCUGCCCUCGUCGAGGGUCACGCUUCCGAGAUCAACUCGAAGCGAAACGCCAUGGACAACGCUUCCAAGAACGCUGGUGACAUGAUCUCGUCGCUCAACAUGCUUUACAACCGUGGUCGACAGGCCGCCAUCACCAACGACUUGGUCGACAUUAUCACUGGUGCUUCGGCUCUUUAA